GGACUCAGUCGUAGUGCAUAAUUCACAGCAAACCGUAUAAUUUCAAAUUUUGCAACCCAGCCACCGAAGAUAUCCCUUCUGUCUCAGAUACAUCCAUAGUCAUAGAAGAGGGGGUCAGGGUUCAGUGCACAGUUAAAUGUCUACCCGAACGCAAAACCAGAACCCAAUUCAAGGCGACGACGUUUCGAAUCUCGAAGAAGAAGAUGAAGAAGAAGAGGUGUUGAAGCUUGAAGAAGAAGUGGAGCAGAUAGCCCAGAAAGUGCUUGAGUACAGAACCACACUUCCGAAUCAGCUUAACUCCACGCUCGCUUCUCUUUUUUCUUCUCAACGACCCAUUAUUCCCCCGACCAGUUUAUCCGAAGAUGGAUCUGAACCGGGACCCGAAUCGGAGGCGGGUCACAAUCCAGGUGUACCUGUUGAGUCAAAUAGAAUGGCCUCAUUAGUUGGAGAGGAUCAAGAGGAAGCUGAGAAGAUACAACUCCUUAUACAGAAGAUCUCAAGUAAUGCCUCUACAAUGCAUAUUGUCUUGAAGAGGAUGAAAGACUACAUGGCAAGGAUCGAUAAGUUAGAGUCUUCCAAUGGAAUCAUCCAUCCAGCUUUUAAAAGGAAACGAACAAGUUGACCAGGUUUUUCACAUCAGAUGUUUCUUAUUCGAAUCUGUAGUGUGUGUUAUUAUGCUAACUUUUUAGCCAGUUUAUGCUAGAGGGAAUUGGUGGCUCGACAUAAUACUGCUGAUACUAGAUAUAGUAGUAAUUAUGUUAUAAAUAGGUGGAUACAUUGAUUUAAUCUGUAACAUGAUUUAGCUUGUCUUAAUCUGUGUUUUUUAAGGGUUAAUAGUACGUACACUGUGUUCUUGAAAA